GUUGAUGAGUGCGUCCACGGAUCACAUGAGUGCCUUCAAAGCCUCGCGUCUUGCUCAAAUACUGAUGGCUCUUAUAAUUGCACUUGUAACUAUGGAUAUGUCGGCGAUGGAAAGACAUUCUGCAGGCCAAAAGGCAAGUAUAUUUUCAUUAUCAUACAAUGCUUAAAAUGGUUUUGUGAUGGAUUUAAGUUAAUGCUGGUGUCGGGCUUAGCGGUUGUGUCUAUUUAGACCCAGAACGUUUCAGGACUGGACUUUCUUUGUAUAGUGCUUAAGCCCUGUGCAAACGGACGCAACAUUGUUGGCCAACAACUCCCACAACAUUUUUGGAUGUUACAUGUUGGGUCCGUUUGCACACCCUGUUGCAUGUUGUUGGAUGUUGUUGCGCAAAGUUUGAAACCGGUCAAACUUUUCAGCCAACAACUCCCGACAUUUCUUUUGUUCCAUGAUCGCCGAAGCGUAGCGCAACCAUGUUGGAUCCGUUUGCACAGCUCUUCCAACAUUGUUGGGGCCACGCACGCUCAUUACGCAUGGUUUACAAAGACUUAUGGGUUGUAUUCUUCCCAUGAUGCACUGCAGGUCCCAAACUUGUUGGGAGUUGUUGCAUUCGUUUGCACACCACUGCCAACACCCACGCAACAACUCCCAACAUUGUUGGCGCAACAAUGUUGGGAGUUGUUCCGCCCGUUUGCACGCAGCCUAACAUCUAUAUUUCCCUUAACUAGAAUUCACUGCAACAUUCACGUGUGACGAUUCGAUGAAAAUAUUUGCUGAUGAUAGAAGACUGGAACACAAAAACGAUCAUAAUUGGAGAGUCCCUUCUAUCUACCAGAUACCAAGUGAUACCCGAGUUAUUUCAGUAGAGGGAACAGACACAGGGUUCCAGUUUGGAAUACUCGGCUCAACAAGCAAUGGACUAUUGACUAAUGAAACUUGGAAAUGCAAUGGUGUCUUUCAACAGGGAUGGACUUCGCCGGAUUUUGAUGACAAGGACUGGCCUUCUGCAAACGUUGUAGGAAACCAUGGCGACAAACCUUGGAAGACAAUAUCUGGCAUCGCAAGGACGGCAAAGUGGAUUUGGACCAAUAAUAACACAGGCUUCGUUUAUUGUAGACUGAAAGUGCAGUAAAUAUAGUUUCAGUGCUUUUUAUACAAAGAAAGGCAAAACAGGGAAUAUUAAUUUUUAUUAAAAACUGAAUCAUUGGAUAAUGCAAUUCUAAGGCUCUGAUUGGCUUAGCCGUCAUGGUAUAUGAGCCAUUAUACCAUGCUCUCCAAAUAUGAUAUGUACGCGUCUGCUCGAAAUUAAAAACAAGCUGAAAAUCGGUUGUUUUUACAAAUAAAGUCGGAAAGAAUUCUCGAUAUUUUGUGAGCGUUUUUAAUAAAACAAUUAUUUCACCUGCGCUUGUUGGAUAUGAGAUGACUAUAGCCCAACCAUCUCAUAUCCAACGCGCACUCGCGAAAUAAUUCUCAAUUAUCACACACUUAAAUGCGCCUAAAUGACGUCCUUCCACGCGCCCUCCUCGUCAAUGAAGGAGACACAAAGAGACGACUAAAGGGGACGAGUCAGGGACCACGUGACUCCUUCACUUAACAGCAUGUGACAAACGAAAUCCACUUUUCUUGUUGUAAAAUUAUUGCAAAUUAUUCCAGAUAGUUCUGUAAACAUCUGACGCCGUUCUAAAAGAAGGUUUUCUAAAUAAAACCACUGUUGCUCAAAUUGAUUUUGUGCUGUCUUUUUCCGAGUUUUAGUUCCUUGAGGCGGAGCCAUGAUAACUCAAAUUUCAGAAAAUAACUAGUUAGAUUUUCGUGGCUUCAAAAGGAGUUUGUUUUAUGAUGCCCAUCGGUUUUGAAAACAGAAUUUGAAACAGCAGGUGGCGCUCUUUAAUCAGGUAUAAGUCAUUCUACUUUAAGUUACGUAACAGGCGAUGAAUUUUGGCUUUAAAAAUUGCCGAUUAUCCAUCGGCAGAAAUUUUUGAAAAUAUUGGAGAAGAAUCUCCAAAAUAUUACGGUUUCGUUCAAACCACAAGUGUCUCAACAAAAACAAGCUCACGUUACGAGUGUGUUAUGUAAAUUAUCUCACAGAGCCGGUGUUACGGGCGACCGUUGAGACCUUGUAUGAAAAAUUAAAUACUGAGGUCUGCGAACGCUACAUAUCAUUUUAUUUUCACCUUUUUUCUAUAAAAUAGAAACAAUUCACAUAACACACUCGUAACGUGAGCUUGGGACGCCUGUGUUCAAACGAGGAAAAACCUCUGCGGACAUAUGAUAUGUUUCCUUCUGCACUUUAUUAAAUUAAUUAUUUGGCACUGGUAUUGAUGAGUAUUUGUGUGCUGACGUCGGCCCCCCAAAAGUCAGGUCCCCAAUAUUGUAAAACUAAAAAUUAACCCACCAUAAGUCUAAAUAAUCGUCAGAUAGAAGUAUGAUGGGUAUAUUUCUGAUGAAACUUAUGUGCAUGAAUAGGAUAAUUUUUUUUUAUUUUUCAUCAUUUACACACCUCCGCUCGAUAUACGUGCUGACUUACACUAUUUAAAAUAACCAUACAUGGAAACGCGGUCUGUUAAUAACAAUAAUAACCUUGCAACUCUUAACACCUGCUUUUUUUAAUUUCACUGGUUCACAGAAUGACCAGACUAAUGAAAACUGGUAAUUGACGAGACAUCGACUUUCAAAUUUCUCAUUUUGUGCACGACUUGUACCGUCGGGAAGAAAGAAAGAUAAGGGAAAAAUGAACCAUGCUUCCCCUUCAAACUGAAGCUUUCUUCCUGCUGUUGUUUUCACUUAAGUUCAUCUUCGCAUUCAUGGACGGUAAGCCUGCUUCAGAGUUUUCAAUUUCACACCAGUUUUAGAGCUGCAAGACUUCCUCCUGUGAAACACAAAGUAGACUAAGAUUCAUUUGCUUCAUAAAUGCUUUCAGAACAUUUUAAACGAUCCAGAACCCGGAAGAUUCUUUCAAAACUCCUAGCAUGACGAAAUUAGUGAAUCCCAACUUAGAGAACGUUUUGAGUUUAAAUAGUAACCUGGCUUACAUGAUAACGGCGAUAAUGAUUUUUUCGAGACAGGACCGUUUAUCGCACAGAUUUUUGUUUUUUAUAGAGCCGGAAAUUAAAGAAAAAAACAACGAGUAAUCAAAAUUGAAAACCGAACAAAACCUUAGUUUUAAUACUCGAAAGAGCGCGGUUUUUGGUUGCCGGCAACAUAAGCGGACGACUGAAAAGCGCUUUCUACUAUUACUAAAAAUAGGUUUUGUCACCUUAGACCCCCCGCGUGACUCAGACAAACUUCGCAUUCUACUGCAAGGCUUUGUAUGGGAAACAUACGUUUCCAACAUGAAAAUUGUUCAUAAAAUUCGCAGUGAGCGUUUUUAAAAUGUUUUUUGGGCAUAAUUCCAAUAUAUAAAAGGCACUACUGCUAUUGGGAGCAAAACCUGGUCCAGUAACUCAAAUAAAUUGUUAAAAUCAGAAAAUAAAGUGACUCGAUCGAAGAAGGCUACUGAAAUCGGAUCCCUAGCUCUCUGUCUUAGGCAGAAAGCACCGCUAUGCACUGAAACAUGACAUAACAUUAUUGGCUGUGUAAUACUCCAAAACCGAAAUGGCUAAAGAGAAAAUCGAGUUUGGGUGUGCUUCUCGCAAGCCUGUGACAGAAUAUCUAAGGUGAAAAGCACACCAAUAUUAGCACAAACCGGAAAUUGUGUAAGUUUGUUCUGUUGUUGUGCGGCCAGGUAGACCAUAUGAAUCCGGGACGAAUACUUUAGUACUUUAUAUCCUGUAGUACUAAGUAGCGUAACAUAAGCACUCGAAAAAAAAAAUUGAGCAACCUUUGCCCAUAAAUUUAACCAAAUGCACCGUUUCAGGCACAGCUAUGAAGCCAUACUCUCCACACAUUUUAACAUAAUUUUACCCACAGCAUUAUGAUGCCGCAUAAGAAAUACAACCACUCAUCUGUACAGUUUUUUCCACGUUUAACGCUGUCUUGGCAGGCGUUGAUUAUUUUCGGGAUAUUUAUCAUCGAAACCAAGCUGCAUUUUGUUUCCUUUAAGGAUAAACAUCUUCAAAGACGACGAAAAUUUGUUGCCGAACGUGACUUUCCCAUACUAAACUCUUACACUGGUCAGGUGAAAUGUCUGAGUCACAGCAGGGACCAGAAAUUUGUGACGUCAUUAGUAUAAAGCGCUAUUAAACUGAGGGUAUCCAGCAGCUAGCAGGUUUCCAAAAUUUGAUCAUGUUGAUACCGACAGCUGGGAACCACUGGAGGCUUUCCUCUUAUUUUUUAGACCUUUGAACUGUCUUGCAUAGCAAUUGCAGUAGUAACCAAUGUAUGGGUCUUCAUAACUCAAGUGUAGGGCACUACAGCGCUAACGCAGAGCAGAGGCCAUGGGUUCGAAUUCCGUUGAAGUCCCGAAAUUUUUUCGGGUUUAGUUUGCAAUUGCUUAUAAUAAUUGCAAUUACAACUGCAAGGAUCAUAUCUUCAUUUAAAAAAUAAAUAAGGUUAUCACAGACAGCCCAAGCGUAAUAUGCGUGGAUUUGGGCUUCAGAGGUCAUUUGGUCGGAAUAUACUGGUAUGAUAUUUCGAUAUUUCUUGCAUUAUUACAUGUGACUAGGGCCCUUAUAGUUCGAAUUUUAUCAUAUGUGUUCGAAUCUACAACGCUAAGAAGAAAAAUCCGCAUGAUCACGCGAAAUAUUGAUUCAAAAAAAGGUCGACUAAACGGUGUUUAAACCGGCCAGAUGACACAGAAUGGCUAUGAACUAAAAGUAAGGGAGCUUUUUGAAUCAACAAUAUGACGCAGGAUCAUGAUUUUUUUUGUUAGCGUUGAAGAUUCUAAUGCAUAAGGGCCCGAAUCACAUGAAGUAAUGCAAGAAAUAUCGACUUUCGUUAUCGUAAGGGCUACUAGUACAGGUAGACAAACAAGAAGACUUCAUAUCUUUAAGAUUUUUGCAUUUAUUUGGCAUCAGAUAAUACACUUAUCAUACUAGUAUAUUCCGAUCAGUUGACCUCUGAAUCCCGAAUACACACAUAGUACGCUUGGGCUGCCUGUGAUCUAAUAGAUGCCCGGCCGGGUUGUUUUAUAUAUAUAUUCAAGGAGUCCAAUUAGGGUUGUUUAAUUAAUAGACGGGAGGCGUAUGCUUAUGGUAAAUAUAUCAACUCAGUUUAUAAACAGCAGAUUAUCCCGUCUUUACAUUUGAUACGUCUUGGUCGUUUCAUGCUCCAUGUCAUUUUUAAAAGUUCAAGCUUCAAUGUCAGAAUCUUUACUUUGAACUUGAUAUUGAACAAGAUGCAAUGAGAAAACUCUUUUUAUUACUAAGCAAGAAACUGAAUAAAUCAAAAUCUUUGCUACGUUCUAUUUCCUAUCAUUCUGGGGCAAUUGACAUAGCAGCCCUUUAUUAGAGAGUCAGAGGGUCUAUGAAAAGUGUGGAGGGGGCGUUUAUAAGACAAGAGGUGUUUAUUUUAGAGAGCGAAUCUAUUAGCUAGAUCGGUACGGUAGACAUCAGCCACACGAUAUCACUGAAGACAUAGGGCCAGUUAUUUAAACGGAGUUUAGCCAGUGUUUAAUAAAACCGCGUUCUAAGCCGUUUUCAGUUUGCCGAACGCCUUAUGUAGACACCAUUUAUCGUAAACAGUUUCAUAAAAGCAUAUGGCGUAGGCUAGAAAGCUGUAAGUUUUUCUUCUUAAAAUAACCCACUAAGAAAGAGAGUGGAGGUUCAAAGAUUUCCUAAACCGCGGUCUAAGUUGGAUUUUGUUUAAAUAAUCGGCCCAAAAAAGUUUGAAGAAGACACACUUUGUGCGUUUUGGAAUCCGCUUAUUGUUGUUGCUUUUUGUGAAGAAAAAAAUGNUGAAUAAAUCAAAAUCUUUGCUACGUUCUAUUUCCUAUCAUUCUGGGGCAAUUGACAUAGCAGCCCUUUAUUAGAGAGUCAGAGGGUCUAUGAAAAGUGUGGAGGGGGCGUUUAUAAGACAAGAGGUGUUUAUUUUAGAGAGCGAAUCUAUUAGCUAGAUCGGUACGGUAGACAUCAGCCACACGAUAUCACUGAAGACAUAGGGCCAGUUAUUUAAACGGAGUUUAGCCAGUGUUUAAUAAAACCGCGUUCUAAGCCGUUUUCAGUUUGCCGAACGCCUUAUGUAGACACCAUUUAUCGUAAACAGUUUCAUAAAAGCAUAUGGCGUAGGCUAGAAAGCUGUAAGUUUUUCUUCUUAAAAUAACCCACUAAGAAAGAGAGUGGAGGUUCAAAGAUUUCCUAAACCGCGGUCUAAGUUGGAUUUUGUUUAAAUAAUCGGCCCAAAAAAGUUUGAAGAAGACACAUUUUGUGCGUUUUGGAAUCCGCUUAUUGUUGUUGCUUUUUGUGAAGAAAAAAAUGGAUUUUCGCAAACUUGCUCCUUGCAAAUGUCCAAAUAUAUAAAUACUAAGGAGUAAACAUUUGGCAAACAUGUUAAAGACCACAUUUGGCUAGAUAGCUAUUUACACACGCUAGCUGUUUUAUGGUAUGAACAUGUAGCUUUUACCAUCCUUGCCAUAUAUUUACGACUCAGUAUUUACAUAUUUGUGACAUAUUUGCAAGGAGCAAAUUUGUGCAAAUCCAUUUUUUCGUCCAGUCAUAGGUACGGUAAGAAUUCAGCAAAGAAUGCACCUUCCGUCCAGAUGCAACCAUUGCAUCUGUUCUUGUUUCAGAUUACUGUCGCGUAUUGGUCUUUCAAGGACCUUUGCUCUUCAACAACAAACGUUUGGUGAACCACACAAUAGGAUAUAAAAUUGGAGUUGAUUUUGAAGACUGCGAGAUGCAUUGUUACUUUGAAAAGAACUGCGUGAGUGUUAACUAUCAAGUAGACACAGAAACAUGUGAGUUAAACAACGCGACUCAUCUCAAGUACGAUGAGAAUUUCAUAGAGGAAAAUGGUUAUCUCUAUCAUGGAGCAGAUGUAAGUUUUUGUUUUAAUUUUUCUUCUUCUUCUUCUUCUUCUUGUUCUUGUUCUUGUUCUUCUUGUUCUUCUUUGUCUUCUUCUUCUUCUAGCUUCUUCUUGGCUUGAAACUGUGAGUUCUUUGCAUUUCUUUAAUGUAAUUUUCAAGCCAAUUUUACGUAAGCAUGCAUUUGUUCCGUGAUAUUUACCUCAUUAAAACACUUUUUGUUAAGAGUGCCUGUGAUGAGAUCUAUUGCCAUAAUGGCGGAACCUGUCAAUCUGGAUUUACCGUUAAGGGAUAUCGAUGUUUGUGUCCCCCUGGUUAUACUGGAGAACGCUGCGAGACAGGU